AGAAGCAAAAGUGUUUUAAAACACCAAAAAACAAAAACAAAAAAACAAAAAAAAAAUGGAGGAAGAGCUCGCUGUAGGGUUUCGUUUCUAUCCGACGGAAGUAGAGCUGAUUUCAUUCUACCUAAGAACCCAGCUCGGUGGAGGAAAUGUUACCAUUCACAGUCUCAUACCCAUCUUUGAUGUGUUUAGCGUUGAGCCUACUCAGCUUCCAAAUCUUGCGGGAGAGAGGUGUCGAAGAGACGCAGAACAAUGGCUUUUCUUUGUGCCAAGACAAGAGAGGGAAGCUAGAGGAGGAAGACCAAGCAGGACCACUGGUUCAGGAUACUGGAAAGCAACUGGUUCACCGGGACCUGUGUUCUCGCCAGAUAAUCGAGUGAUCGGAGUUAAGAAGACGAUGGUUUUCUACAUCGGGAAAGCUCCUACUGGGAGAAAGACAAAGUGGAAGAUGAAUGAGUAUAAAGCAGUUGACGAAACAUCCAGUAGUUAUGUAUCUACCAUCCCUAAGUUAAGGCACGAAUUUAGUGUAUGUCGAAUCUACGUAAAGUCCGGAAGCUCCAGAGCUUUUGACAGACGUCCCACAGAAACUUUUGGGAUAGAGAGAACGCUUCCUAGGUAUGGAACUGAAACAUUGUCUCGAGCCAGAAUAUCAACCUCACCAGAAACUUCAUAUUUAGGAAGAGACCAAGUUGAUAUGUCCAUGAAUGCUACUACACAAAGAAACUUAAAAGUGGUUGAUGAGCUAUCACAACUCAGAGAAAAGAAGCUUCAUAGCAAUGGAGUUGAGACAUCAUCAUAUGCCACAAUAUCAACCUCACCAGAAACUUCAUAUUUAGGAAGAUACCAAGUUGAUUUGUCAGUGAAUGGUAUUACUACGCAAAGAAACUUAGAGAUGAUUGAUGAGCUAUCACAACACAGAGAAGAGAAGCUUCCUAGCAAUGGAGCAGGGGCAUCAUCAUUUGCCACAAUAUCAACUUCACCAGAAACUUCUUAUUCAGGAGGAGACCAAGUUGAUUUCUCGGUCAAUGCUACUACUACACAAUGCAACUCAGUGAUGGUUGAUGGACUAUCACAACCUUUUUGGGAAUGGGAACAACUUAAUUGGUCUUAAACCUAUUAAAUUGCUCUUUAUGACUAUUAGGUAUGCAAGAAAACAUAAGAUAAAGUAGAAUAAUUAUAGUUUUUUGUUCUAUUUAAACGGCCACCAAAAUUUGGCUUUUUUUAUGUAAGGUUACAUGAAUGAAAACCAAAAAUUAAAACGUGAAACAAUUUUACCCU